AUGUGUUUCUAAACGUCACAAAUGUUAAUUUAUUAAAGAGGAUAAGUAAUGGAGGAAUUACAAUUGAGAAUUAUCAACUGCAAAUUUAUAAUAAUAAAUACUUUUAUUAUUCCAAUUAGUUAACGUGUUUCGAACAUAAAAGAGCUUUGUUAUAGAAAAUAAAUGCUAAUUGUUGUUAGUCACGAUUAUAUUGUAAUUUAAAUUGAAUUUCAAUAAAGAAUAGAAAAAUUAUAAAAUUGGUAAGAUUUACUAUUUAUUCUUGGAAUGUCAUAGAAAACGGGACACUAAACAAUAAAUUAAAUUAUUAAUACAUGUGAAGUAAUGCUUCCUGAAUUUGAUGCAAUUGAUGAUAAAAUAUUCUAAUAAUGGAAUGAAUAUAUAUUUUUUAUACAUAUUCUAAAACUAUUGAAAAUUAUAAUAUAUAGAGUCAUUCUGAUUGCUAUUUCUAUUUUAAUCAUCAAUUAUUUUAAUGUAAAUUUAUUAUUAAGUUGA